AUGGAAGAAAAGUUUAGCUGUGGAGGAUUUCCUGGAAAAACUGACAUAGAAGAAUAUUUUUUUCUGAUGGAGAAUGUUUUUAAGGAAAAAUCCACCCAAGACAAAUACUUGAAGAUUGACUAUGCCACUGAAUUUAAAGAACAAUGGCAAGAUUUAUGCCUGGAAGAGGAACUUGUUUUUAUUGAUAACCUUGAACAUUUUCGUAAAAAGCUGCCUACUUUAUCUAUGCUUCUGAGCAGACUACAGGGUUUUUUAGUGAAAGAUCCCCUUUUAGAUUAUGAAGGGAAAAAUUUAACAGAAGAGAAAAUUUUCAGAGAAUGUUUGACUUUCCAAAAUGUAAUGGAGAUAGAAGAGAGCAAAAAAGAAUUGCAGGGCAUUAAAGAGGACUUCUGUACCAUACCUGUAAAAGAUGAAGAGUAUUUCAUGCUGCCUGUUGAGUUAGAAUUCUGCAAACUCCAUGACAGAUCAGAUUCUGUUAAGAUUCCAUCAUACUUGGAACUGAAAGAAUUGUUAAAUUUAGCUCCAGAAGCUAUGGCUGAUGAGGACAUGUGCAAAGAAUUGAUCAAAGAAGAUCUCAAAGCAGAAAUUACAUACAAAAUAGAAAUUUCCAAGUACUGUCCCAUGCUGCAAGAGGCUUGCUCCGCUAAUAGCAGAAGUAUGUUGGAAUUCUGUGAGUCAGCUAAAUACGUUCCAAACCUGAAAGAUGAAAUGGAAGUCCCUUUAAGUCCUCCAUGCAGACAGCAAAGAUCAUGGGAUAAUUUUCUGUGCACAGAACUUGAAGAAGAACCUAUUCCUCUUUCUGGCAACAGUAUUUUAACUACAGAGCCCUCUAGAGAGUACUUGGAAUGUCUGGUAUGGCAAUCAGAGAAGUAUCGGGAUAGCAUGCAUUCUCUUUUGCUUGUCGAGCAUCAGACUUUUAAACUUGAAUAUCAGCAUUAUUCACUUACAGAACUGAUGGCAAUGCUACUACCUGAGGUGAAAGCACCAGUGGUUAUCUCACUAGAGGAAGGCUGGUGGCUUCAUUUGGGUUUAAAACCAGUCUCCACAGAACCUUUGGAGCAAUUAAAUAUGGAUGCUAGUCAAGCAAACGGUUUGGUUCCUACAGAAAUGGAAUCAUUCGCACUAUUUACAUCACAUCAGUUAGAAAGCUGGCUUGAAGAGAAGAAUUCUGUGACAAACCAGGAACUGCUUUCUGCUGAAGAACAUCAAUCAGACAAAGAAAUUAAUAUUUACAUGUCACCACAGACUCGAAGGCAGCACUUUGCCGUGCACAUGAGUGCUACGUCUUCUGCCAAAAUUCACAGUACAGAUACAUCUGUGGAAGAGCUUACUGGAGGGAGCACAAAAAAGAAUAAUGUAGAAGAGGCAAUUUAUUUGUUAAACCAAGAAGAGAAAAAACCCAAAUCAGCUGGAUCAGUAAGCUGUAAAGAUGUGUCUUCUGAACAAGACGACUCAUCCAGAAGUCAAAAGCCUGCAUCAUUUGCACUUGCUACAAAAUGGGACAAUGAUGAUUCUGAUCUGAGCGACUUUAUCAUGCUGAGAUGUAACCAUACACUCACCGAAAGAGAGGAAAGAAAUGGUGUAGAUAGUACGGAAAAAGCACUACAACCUGAAGAACGGCAUAUGCAUGUUCACAAAGAGGACAGUUCUGUUUGUGAGACUGUAGGAAUAGAGGAAAAAGAACAAGAGCAUGAUGACAGUGUCACAGUCAAUAUUCACGCAUCAGAAAGCCAAUGCCAGGCAUACUGCCUCUUGGAAGAAGCAGCCGCUCCUGUUCUAAAAGAUUUGACACAUUUGGGUGUACUUGCUUCUGUAAAUUGGAGCUUUGACAACGUUAAAUUUGAUCAUACAAGGUUUUUCUUAAAACAGCAAGAGAAAGUGGUGUGCGAUCUUUUUAAAGAAGGUAAAAUAGAUGAGAAGGAGAUGAUGCUGUUCAGACAUGCUGCCCUGGUGCACCUUGUGGUGACAGUUCGAGAUCUUCUAUUAACAUGUGGCUUGGACACGGCACUAG